ACAAUAACCGUCGUCUGCUGAAGUGAACGCUGUGUGUGUAGCUAGAGUUGUUUAAAAUAUUUUCCUCUUUGUGAUGAAUAUGAUUUGUCCUUUUAGACAUUUAAUAGAAAUGACACUUUGAUAGCCUCUCAAAGUAUGACUCAAAGGCCACUGGAGAACUUCCUUCCACAGAUCAAUGAACUUGUGACUUUACCUCCGAAACAUUGCAGCGUCUUUCGACCAGUCCUAGCCUAGCCUAGUUUAGAUUGUAGAAGGUGUACUCCAAGUAUUUUCCGUUCUUCGUUUAUUGACAUUCCUGCUUGCAAGAAUCAGAAGAAGGCAUUGAAUACUUGCUUGAGCAACAUCCUCCUUGUCAUUCAGGCCAUCUAAGACUGACGCGGUAAUCCGAAAUCGAUCUCGCAAUCGAUGGCUCGCGCCGCUUUGGUCUCUGAGGUGAACGGAGUCGCGUCCCCGCGCAAGGCUCUUAGCCACAGUGAAUCCAUGGUGUCUUUCUCUCAUCGUACCCUAGUAAAUUACAUCAGGGAUGAAAAUCUCCAUGCACUUCAGGGCUUUCUGGAGAACAAGCGGGCUGUGGUUGAUGAUAGGGACGAGAACGGAGCUACCGCUUUACAUGUAGCAGCUGCCAAAGGAAAGCUUCAGUUUGUACGAGAGUUGAUAAGCCAUGGAGCUGAUGUCAAUGCCGAAGACAAUGAUCAAUGGUGUUCCCUUUUAUGUGCUGCAAAAGAAGGCUACUCUGAUGUAUGCAUUGAGCUUCUUGACAAUGGGGCAGACAUUGAACACAAAGACAUGGGAGGCUGGACAGCUCUCAUGUGGGCAUCGUACAAAGGCAAAGAAGAGGUUGUGGAUGUGUUGUUGGAACGUGGAGCAGAUGUUAAUGCCUGUGGCAACUUCCACAUCCCUUCCCUUCUCUGGGCUGCUGGUCGUGGACAUACUGAGAUAGCACUAAAACUGAUCCAGGCGGGUGCCAAAAUCAACUUUGGUGAUAAGUAUGGUACAACAGCUCUGGUUUGGGCAUGCCGGAAGGGAGAUGCCUCUAUUGUGAGAGUAAUUCUUAAUGCUGGUGCAAAUGUGGAUACUGCUGGCAUGUAUUCCUGGACACCAUUGCUUGUAGCUACUAUGGGAAAUCAUUUAGAGAUUGUCAAUUUAAUUUUGGAACAUAAACCCAAUGUGAAUGCUCUUGAUAAAGAUGGCCACACUGCCCUUACAAUAGCCUGUAAAGAAGGAUUCCUUGAAAUAGCACAAGCGCUUUUGAAUUAUGGUGCUUACAUCAAUAUUCAGGAUCGUAUGGGUGAUACCACUCUUAUCCAUGCUGUAAAAGGUGGUCAUAGGAGUGUUGUAGAAGCUUUGCUCAAAAAAUAUGCUGAUGUUGACAUUCCAGGAAAGGAGAAGAAGACUGCCACAUAUACUGCUGUAGAAAAAGGACACAUUCCUAUUUUGAAGCUUCUGUUAAACGCCAACCCAGACCUGGAAAUUCAGACAAAGGAUGGAGAUACUGCACUUCUUAGAGCAGUUCGUUCAAGAAAUUCUGAGGCUGUGCAACUUUUGCUUGACAAAAAGGCAAAAGUUAGUGCUGCUGACAAACGUGGAGACACAGCAUUACACAUUGCAAUGCGUGCUCGCUCGAAAGCUGUAGUUGAGGUUCUCCUUCGUAAUCCAAAGCACUCUCAAUUGCUAUAUCGCCCAAAUAGAGCGGGAGAAACACCAUAUAACAUUGAUAUGAGUCAUGAUAAAACAAUUUUAGGACAAAUUUUUGGAGCUCGGCGCCUCAACACCAACGAAGAUAAUGAAAACAUGCUCGGCUAUGAUCUGUACAGCAGUGCCUUAGCAGACAUCCUUAGUGAACCAUCUCUAUCUAUGCCUAUUACUGUAGGAUUGUAUGCAAAGUGGGGUAGUGGUAAAUCGUUCUUACUGAAUAAAUUGAGAGAGGAGAUGCAGAAUUUUGCUCGUCAAUGGGUAGAUCCUGUUUUUCAAUUUACUUGGAUACUUCUCUUGGUAGUCACUCACAUCUCAUUAAUAGUUGGUUUAGUUUUUGGUCUGAUCAGUUCAAGUUGGAUCUUGGGCCUUUCAGUAGGGACAUCUAUUUUUAUUAUUUCAUAUUCUCUUGCCAUCUUAAUUUGGUACAGUGGGAAGCGGUAUGAUUGGAGGUGGGCUUAUUUAGCUCAUCUCUACUUCACAAAGAAAUUUGACUCCUUGAGGUUGGUCCUUCAAAUGAUGUUUUGCCAUCCUCCUGGAAUCCACAGCGAUGAUGUAUUGGCUGCCCAUCCCAUCAGAUUUUAUUUUACUGAUCAGACUCGUAUGAGUUCUACUACUGGAGGAGAAAGUUCUGUUGUUCAAAUGUUAGGGUCUUUGUAUGAUGCCAUAGAGAAAGAUUUUGGAGGUUUGCCAACUCGUCUUUACCGUGCUUUCCGACCCAAAAUAAUCAAAAGUUCGUCAUCAUGGAGAUUGAGGAAGUUAUGUUGUGUUCCGUAUGUUGUAAUUUGUGAAAUAAUGUUUCUUGCCAUUGUUGUGGGCACCAUAGUUCUUGCACUAUACAUUCGAAAAGAUCAAAGAAUUGAAAAGGCAGUGGCUGAAGUCAUCCUAAUAACCAUUGGUCUAAUCGCGAUAAUGGCUAUUGUAUCCAAUUUAUAUACCUGGGGCAGAAUGCUUGGAGCAUUAGUAUUUUCUCAGAGGCGUCAACUGCAGCGCUCUAUCACCAGGGUUGAAACUCUACGCUCAGAAGGUUUUCUUCAGGCUGUGCGUCAGGAAGUUACAUUCAUGACUGAUAUGAUAAAAUGUUUGGAUGGAUUUUGCCAACAACAAAGUAGAUUGGUGGUCGUCGUUGAUGGCCUUGAUGCUUGUGAGCAAGACAAGGUUGUCUUAGUGCUUGAUGCUGUCCAUCUUCUCUUCUCUGAUGCUAACUCUCCCUACAUUGUCAUACUGGCCAUUGAUCCUCAUGUUGUUUCAAAGGUGGCAAGCGAGGAGGUCAGUGCGGUGGAACUGAGCAGCAGACGUUUAUUUACUGAGUCCAACAUAGGAGGACACGAUUAUUUACGCAACAUGGUGCAUUUACCAUUUUACCUUCAAAACUCUGGUUUGCGAAAUGUGAAGGUAGCACAAACAGCAGCAAUGCAGCAUCGAAAGUCGCAGCCAGGUUUUGAAUCCAGUGAUGAUGGUUUCUUAGGUUAUGCAUCGCACAACCAGGCAUCUCGGAGGCUAUCAACUGAAUCAGGCAUGAGUAGCACAGAACGCCUCAAAACUAUUCCUAAGAAAGGACGUAAACUGAAACUUAGUGAAAGUGUUGCCAGUAGUCUGGGCAGCAAUUUGAAUAGAAUUGGAGGUGCCCAUGACCUCACCAAAAUGCUCCUUACCGAUGACUACUUCAGUGAUGUGACUCCCCGCAGUAUGCGUCGGCUUAUGAAUGUUGUUUAUAUCACAGGCCGUUUACUGAAAGCAUUCCAAAUUGACUUUAACUGGUACCAUCUUGCAAAUUGGGUUAAUAUUACUGAGCAGUGGCCAUUCCGUACUUCUUGGAUUAUACUUUACUAUGAAAUGAUGGAUGAAAAUUUAGAUGACAACACAUCUCUAAAAACGAUUUAUGACAAAGUGCGUCCUCAAAUUCCUAUGUCAAAAGAUGUUGUUCCUCUCCUGGACUUGGACAGAGAUGAGAAAAAGUUUGAUAUCUUCCUUACAUUUCAUCGCAACAACCUACUUGUCAGUGAUCUGAAAGUGUUCCUGCCGUUUACUAUCAAUUUGGAUCCAUACUUGAAAAAAGUUAUCAAAGAAGAACAACAAAGUGCAGAAGAAUCCACUGCAGGAUUAAUGAUGUUCCCUCCGAGCAUUACAAAUCCUAUAUCAAAUCAGCAACCAUUGAUGAUGUCUCACAAUACUCCAUGGGCUGCGCAGAAUAAGACGCCAAACUCAGUUAAAAAGGAUGAUCUUAGUACUAAUCUAUAUUUUCGACCCCUUUUGCGCAGUUCGACUAUACAAGGUCCUCCCAGCCAGAUGUACCAGUCUCCGCACUCGCUUAUGGGCUGGGGAGGCAACAAUUGGUUAGGCUUGCAGGAUGUGUCUCUCAUGUCUGCAAUGUCAUCGCCCUCCCCUCUGUAUCAGCAGCGCCUUCCUUCAAUCACACUCACAGCAGAUGUGGCUGACAUGAAACUGUCAGAGUUGUCUGUUGAUGGUGUAUGCCAGAUGUUCUCCAAAAUCCCUGAUAUAAAUUCAUCACAAGUUGCACGAUACACAAGCAUAAUUAAGGAACACAACAUCAAUGGAAGAGUUUUGCUGCAUUGUGAUUUGGAUGAGCUCAAGAAGGUGCUGAAGAUGAGCUUUGGAGAUUGGGAGCUGUUCCGAAUGCUAGCUGUUGCUUUAAGAGAACGGGAGAUGACCUCCUUCAGCCAAGUAGAUGAAACCAAUGCCAACAAAAAUGUACGGUUUUCUGUGCCCAGCAUCCAAGCUACUGGCCCUCCACAGGACCGUGAAAGAGAAAGACGACCCUCUGCUUCGAAGAUGGCUCCUUCUGACAAGGAUGGAAUUGCUCUUCGUGCAAAGCCCAGUAUCAUGGAAAAACAAUAUCAGGUGACGCUUGAGGAGCAGAUGAUCUGUGGCGCGUUGCAAACCUUGAAUGAGGAAGCUUGUGAGGAUGUCUUGGAUGAAUCUAUUGAAACUAAACGAAGACUCAGUGUUGUCAGCAAUGCCCAAGAUCCAGAUUUUGCCCGCCUGGGACAUCGUGUACGAAGCGUAAGCCAAUGCAGUAGCUUGAUGGAUAGAGAGGAGACCGAGGUAGUGAUGCUUCAGUCCUCACCACUACAUCCAUAUCACUGGCAGGCAGUGGCCAUGGGAUCCAGCCACGAAGCAAACCUGGACACUUUAAGUAUUACAAGCUUCUGUGAGGCGCCUCUCGGGACAACACUUAGGAAGAACUCAUCCGCAGCAGAUUUAAUGAAUAAGCCGCCAAUCCAACCUUUAAGUGUUAAUAAUCACAGUGGGUUGGUCAAUCAAAGAACAAGUUCUCAAGGGUCUCUGGUUUUAAGAGCAUCUAAUUCAAAUUCUCCGCAACUUGCAUCCCAGAGAAGGCCCUCCUCUCUGAUUGUAGAUGAGCAUCUCACCCCACCUUCUGCAGCACCUCCCCUAGCAGCUGUGAGAUCUCUCUCUGCCGAUGAACGCAUCGAGCGGAAACCAUCUAUUGGUAGGAAUAAUGUAAAUAUGUCAUCUCGACGUUCCCGUAAAAAGAGCCGUGAGGAAAUGUUGGCUCGUUCAGUCUCUCCUUCUUCUAGCUUAGAGAAGUUAAAUAGGCUUAAAGAAAAGAUCUUGCGUUCUGUCCCAAGACCUGGACAGGAUGUUGUGCUGUCCAUUGAAUCAAAAAGAGAUACCUUUGAUAGCGAUGAUGAAAAUACACCUCUCGUUUCUGAACUUAAUUCUCCUGUGAGGAGCCAUAGUGGCAAGAAUGAUUUUGCUAAUGGUGCAUUUGGAGAUACAGGCAGUGCAUCUGGAAGUAGUGAGGUCUCUCCAAGCACUCCUAUUUCUCCAAUUAUAGUUUUAGGAUUAGCUGGGGAAGGGAUUAAGAGCAAGUCAGGGUCAGCCAUUUCACUAACUCAAAUGGUGGAUAAUCAAGGCGGCGUUGGGAGUGGAGAAGGCAAGUCCUGGAGCGGAUAUGGUGGCGGAGAUUCUUUCAACGAUAUGGACAUGACCCCACAUCGUUCAUCUCCAAGUCAUCUGUCAAGACAAGAUGCUCUUGAUAAUAAUAAAGCAGACAACAGUAAAGUAGAUGAAGAUUGGACAAAUCCAGAAACCUCUGUUUGAUGGGAAAUGGUGCAAUUUAAUUGUUGCAAAGCAGAAGCCAUCUUACUCUAUGUCCUUGAAAAAUAGAAGGGUGGGACCAAUUCAUUUUCUAAAGGAUAACACUCACUGCUAUUUUCAAUUUGGAUCUGCUUUUUUAUGAAAGGCUUCUCUCCCUCACAACUGAUUACUGAUCCAUCACGACCCGCUUUGAAAGAUGGUACACUUCGGUACACUUCAGUCUCUUUAUUGAUCUUGAACCGUAGGAUUGAUGCCUGUUUUUCUCCUUUGAGUUAUUAUUUAUGGCUGUGAUAGAAGUGAACAAAUGAAGUGGCUGUAAAGUUAGAUUUUGUGUACCUUGCAAGAGUCAUUCCUGUAUUUACAUCAAUAUUGAAAUUUAUUUUAAUAAGGUAUGUCCUAGGACUCGGAACAACCUUAUGGUGUGUACAGAGCCAAUUAGUGAUGUGAUUUCAGUUUCCAUUAUUGUUUCUAAUCAACACUCCAGAAAGCAUUUAAUGUUGAGGCUCGGCUUAUGUAUGGAAUUGAUGAAAGUCUUUGUGUUUCCAAAGAAAAUGUGAUCUGAAGUGUUGAUACUGGUAGCUUUAAGGGCUUUUAAAGCUCAUUUCAUUCCAAAUUGUUUGAAAACCAAAGCCAUAAUUAUUUUGCUGAAUAUUAUUUUUGUUGAGGGAGCUCAGAAGAGUACCGUAUUCAUAAUGUGUAUAAUAAUCUUACCUAACAAAUCUUGUGUGGAUUCUUUUAAUGUUUUGCUAUAGGAUCUUUACCCCAUUUUUAAUUUGCGUCGUUAUGAUUGCACUUCUUCAGAAAUUGUUGAAAAUUUGUAUUCAAAACCAAACCCUUAUCUAAAAUGACUUGAGAGAUAAUUGUUUCCACUUUUUCAUGGCAAAGAGUCCCAAAGAAAGUUGCACACAAUGUCUCUUGCCUCCUUUUAUGAAUUCAAGGGUUGUCUCGCUAUGCCUUAGUACUAUUGUAAAUAAUUUCAGGUUCCAUGAGCUCAUGUUAGAGCACGUACUUAGCGGGAUAAAAUCUUUAGGACUGAAUGUACUAGUUCAGAGAGAAGAAAAUGUGAUUCGAAUGUGAUCCUGGGGAUAUAGUAACUGGUGGAAAUGAGGGAUGUUUUGCUGGUGUUUUUUCUUUUUAAUGUUUCGAAAAGUAAGACUGCUGAAACAUGGUUCUUUUAUUGUUUUAAUUGUGGCACUUGCUUUUCUUUUUCCACUGUGGGUGAAAAAAUUGUCUUUAAUAGUAUCCACCUGUUAUCUAUUAAUAAUGUUGAUGUCUUUAUACCAGUAGCAUUGUCUUUUGAUGUUACUGUAUUUUUGUUCUCUUGAGCUCAUUGUUUGAGUUACACAGUGUUCUGGUUUAGUGCAUUGUAACAAUCUUUCAAGUUUCAUGCUUAGCUACAAAAUUAUGUAAUGUCUUGACAGUGCCUCUGUAAUGACUUCCAUUAUGUGUGCUUCAUUGUUUUUAUCAUCUUCAUAAUGCUUUGGUGACUAACACAUGUUACCAAGUUUGAGUGACAAAUCUUUCACCAUUUAGGUGUGAAAUGUACUUACAUUGAACUUUUAUAACAAUUGUUACCACUAUUGUACCAGUAUGGUGCUAUGCGGGUCAUUGAAUUAAAACUCUAGUUAGCAAUACUGUUUUUAAAGUAUGUUUGAAAGAAUUUGUGUAUCCCUCACCUGUGUUCGUUAAGUAAAAAUGAAGAGGUUUACUUUUGGUGUCGAUAGUAUCCUUUCUUUUCAUUUAGCACUACUAGAUAGAGCAAAAUAGAACCCAGUGUAGUAAGGCCAAUAUCUUGAUGAGUGACAAUAAGAUUUUAUCAAGUGCUUGUUAGUUUGUUACCUUCUUUGGUCAAAGUAUGCUCAUGUUAGUAUACUGAAUUGCAACGGUAGAAAUCAGCACACAUUACCUGUGAACUGGAGAGGAGACUCGAGUUGAAACUUUAAGACUUGUGAGUACAGAUUUUAACUUGUGUUAUGUGUAUACUAGAUAAACAAUUUUGUAUUUAUUAAAUUGGUUAAAGAAGAUAUCCUUUUACAAAAGUGUACAUCUUCAUUCACCACAUGUUUGCAAUGGAUGAUGCUCAACAUAAACAAUUGUUAUAGUUAAUAUUCUAGAUUUUUCUCUUUGUUUCACAGAGAAAAAAUUGAAACUAUUUUGUGAGUAAUACACAAACCAAAGUUCAUGUGAUUACUCUUUGAACACUUCUAUUAUCAACAGAAUUACUAUUAUAAUGUGAAACCAAUGUAAUUUUCGUGAUCCAGUGAUUUAGAUCUAGCCUAAAUCUGUGUGCAUUUGAAAGCUUUUUCUUGUGUUCUGUUGCUUCCUAUUUUAGUUUAAUUUCUCUAUUUGUAUUACACUUUAAUUUUUUCUUUAUUAGUCCUCUAAAAGAUAUGUAUUUGUUGGCUGUAUGCUCAAAGUUGUUGUUUUAACUGUUAGGUAUUGUUGUUACAAAAUACCUCGAGAGCUUACAAUUUUGUUAUGAUCAGUAUUAUCACUUAUUUUGUUACAGUGCUCUGCUCAUUACUCUUUAAGCCCUUGCUCUCUCUGUAGCUUUACCGGUAUGUUCCCAGAAACGCACAAAUGACUGUACCUCCUCAUUUUAUUAUCUCUAAUGAAUGGAGUGCCUCUUGUGAGUGCUUUAAGACCCAUAAUUUGCUUUAAGUUUGCUUCUUACGUGGUUUUACUUUGAAUAUGAUACAUGACUAGCACUGUGCUGAUAUUUUAAAAACUUCACCAAUUACCAGACUUAAUUAAUGAGGUUUAUCUCGAUUUGAAUAGUUUGAGUGCAUGCUUUUAGGUAGGUGCCUUCCUCCCCUUUUAGUACUCUAGGAAAGAGAUAAUGUGUUAGAUGUGUUAGAUAAUAGGUCUGUUAUGUGAUGAUUAUUUUGAGAAAUGAAAGCUAUUGUAUGUACUUAAAAAUAAAGGUCUAUAUAUUUGACGUU